AGUACCUUUUCUCCAAGUUGGGGGCUCAGAGGGGCGCCAUCAUGAGCGAUGUUACCAUUGUGAAAGAAGGUUGGGUUCAGAAGAGGGGAGAAUAUAUAAAAAACUGGAGGCCAAGAUAUUUCCUUUUGAAGACAGAUGGCUCAUUCAUAGGAUAUAAAGAGAAACCCCAAGAUGUGGAUUUACCUUAUCCCCUCAACAACUUUUCAGUAGCAAAAUGCCAGUUAAUGAAAACAGAACGACCAAAGCCAAACACAUUUAUUAUCAGAUGUCUCCAGUGGACCACUGUUAUAGAGAGAACAUUUCAUGUAGACACUCCAGAGGAAAGGGAAGAAUGGACAGAAGCUAUCCAGGCUGUAGCAGACAGACUCCAGAGGCAAGAAGAGGAGAGAAUGAAUUGUAGUCCAACUUCACAAAUUGAUAAUAUAGGAGAGGAAGAGAUGGAUGCUUCUACAACCCAUCAUAAAAGAAAGACAAUGAAUGAUUUUGACUAUUUGAAACUACUAGGUAAAGGCACUUUUGGGAAAGUUAUUUUGGUUCGAGAGAAAGCAAGUGGAAAAUACUAUGCUAUGAAGAUUCUGAAGAAAGAAGUUAUUAUUGCCAAGGAUGAAGUGGCACACACUUUAACUGAAAGCAGAGUAUUAAAGAACACUAGACAUCCCUUUUUAACAUCCUUGAAAUAUUCCUUCCAGACAAAAGACCGUUUGUGUUUUGUGAUGGAAUAUGUUAAUGGGGGAGAGCUGUUUUUCCAUUUGUCGAGAGAGAGGGUGUUCUCUGAGGACCGCACACGUUUCUAUGGUGCAGAAAUUGUCUCUGCCUUGGACUAUCUACACUCCGGAAAGAUUGUGUACCGUGAUCUCAAGUUGGAGAAUUUGAUGCUGGAUAAAGAUGGCCACAUAAAAAUUACAGAUUUUGGACUUUGCAAAGAAGGGAUCACAGAUGCAGCCACCAUGAAGACGUUCUGUGGUACACCAGAAUAUCUGGCACCAGAGGUGUUAGAAGAUAAUGACUAUGGCCGAGCCGUGGAUUGGUGGGGCCUUGGGGUUGUCAUGUAUGAAAUGAUGUGCGGGAGGUUACCUUUCUACAACCAGGAUCAUGAGAAACUUUUUGAACUAAUUCUAAUGGAAGACAUUAAAUUUCCUCGAACACUCUCUUCAGAUGCAAAAUCAUUGCUUUCAGGGCUCUUGAUAAAGGAUCCAAAUAAACGCCUUGGUGGAGGACCAGAUGAUGCGAAAGAAAUUAUGAGACACAGUUUCUUUUCUGGAGUAAACUGGCAAGAUGUGUAUGAUAAAAAGCUUGUACCUCCUUUUAAGCCUCAAGUAACAUCUGAGACAGAUACCAGAUACUUUGAUGAAGAAUUUACAGCUCAGACUAUUACAAUAACACCACCUGAAAAGUAUGAUGAGGACGGUAUGGACUGCACGGACAGUGAGAGGCGGCCGCACUUCCCUCAGUUUUCCUACUCUGCAAGCGGACGAGAAUAAGUCUCUUCUGCUACUUCACUGUCAUCUUAGAUUUAUUACUGAAAAUGAUUCCUGGACAUCACAGCAGUCCUAGCUCUUACAAAGGCAGGAGCACCUUCAGACAUCCCAGACCAGUCCAAGGUCUUCACCCCUCGCCGCCUUUCACCCACAUGAGAACACACAUAUAUGCAGACAUACUCGACUUUUGUUUUUGCAUGAAAUUGUAUCUCAGUCUAAGGUCUCAUGCUGUUGCUGCUACUGUCUUACUAUUAUAGCAACUUUAAGAGGUAAUUUUACAAUCUUUGGAAGUCAUGAGCCCACCAUUGUUCAUUUGUGCACCAACUGUCAUCUUUUGCUCUUUUAAUUUUUGUUUUUCCCUAACAGUGAAGGCUAAAUGAUUCUAGGUAUAUUAUUUAACUUUCUAGAUGAUAAAUCAAAAACUAAUUAGACUAAGAAGAUUUAGUUUAUAAUUCAGAACAAGCAAUUGUGGAAGCGUGGUGAUGUGCAUAUGCAAAGUUUUAGUAAAGCAUAUCAGAUCAGUGCGUAAAAUAGGUAUGUAUCAGUAAGAUCCGACUGGAAUUCAUUAGGAAGCAUUUGAGAGAAGGAAUGAACAACUAUUAAGAUAGAUAUAUACAUUUAUAGAUUUAAAUUCUUAUUCGAUACUGCAGAGGAAGCCUGGUAUUACAUGUGGAUGUCCAGAUUUCACAGGCAGUUGUUGGCAAAGGAACAUUGUUCUACCAAGGAAGGAAGCAUAUGCACAGCAGAGUAGGUCACUUAAAGGGUCUAUGAUAUGAUUUGCACCAGAGAGCGUUUUAUUUCCCCUGUUCUUGGAAACCUUUUUCCCUUCUUGAUAUUAUCACCUCUGAUGGCUGAAGAAUGUAGACAGGUGUAAUGAUCCUGCUUUUCACCAAAAUUUGUACACCAAGGUAAACAGGUGUUUGCCUUAUUUGUUUUAAUUUUUUACUUUCAGUUCUACGUGAAUUAGCUUUUUCUCGGAUGUUAAAACUUUGAAUGUCCUUUUAUGAUUUUGUUUAUGUUGCAGUAGUAUUUAUUUUUUAGUGAUGAGAAUUGUAUGUCAUGUUAGCAAAUGCAGCUCCAACUUAACAUAAAACAGACUUACUGCAGUUUCUUUUGACCCAUGUGCAAGGAAUGUACACGCCGAUGAGAGUCAUGCACUUUUUCUCCUAUGUAAAAAAAAAAAUUUGAUGAGGCUCUGAAAUUGUACAUAUAGAUUAGAAUUUGGCUUUAGGAGAAGAGAUGCUGUCAUUUAACCCCUUGGUGCUAAAAAUGAGAAAUCCCCAACUAUCCAUGCCAAGGGGUUGAAACAAAUGGAUGUUAUAUUUGCUCUUUUGAGAAUUGAAAUAUUAUGAUGGCCUGGCAACA